AUGGCAGACGCAACCCCCUACCCCCGCCCCGAUCACCACCGUCCCAACCUCCGGUGGCAGUCCCUCAACGGACCAUGGUCGUUCCUCUUUGACGAUGACGACGUCGGCCUCGCCCAGACAUGGCACAAGACCGGUCUGCCUGCGUCCGUCGCGCUGAGCGCCCCGGCCGCCGCGGCCCAGACCAAAUCGGCGACGGCGGCCGAGGGCGACUCCAUCACCCAACGCAUCGCCGCCGGCACCCAGGACCUGCUGGCCAACAACGUCUUCGCCCGCGCCGACGCCCAGACGCACGAGAAGCGCACCAUCACCGUGCCCUUUGCCUUCCAGACGCCGGCGUCGGGCAUCAACGACAGGGGCGUUCACGAGGUGCUGUGGUACGAGCGCGCCGUCGCCGACCCGCGCACGGCCGAAGACCGGGCCGCGGGCCAGAGGGUCCUGCUGCGGUUCGGCGCCGUGGACUACGAGGCCACCGUGUGGAUUGACGGCCACUUUGUCGGCGGCCACCGCGGCGGACAUGUGCCCUUUGCGCUGGAUGUCUCGGACGCGCUGCGGGAGGGCGGCCCUCGCCGGCUUACGGUCCGCGUGUUUGACUCGGCAUACGACCUGACGCAGCCGCGUGGCAAGCAGUAUUGGGGCCCCAAGCCGGAGAGCAUCUUCUACACGCCUUCCGGGGGCAUCUGGCAGUCUGUCUGGGUAGAGGUUGUGCCGCCGGCGCGCAUUGCUGACAGCAGUGCUGGGACUGUGAUUCGGUCGAAUGACAUUGAGACGGGGACGCUGCGGAGCAAUGUGACGGUCCUCGGUCGUCGUGUCGGGCAGGCGCUCGAGGUCGAGAUGGAGGCCAGUCUUGCCGGUGUGCCUGUUGCGACGUCAGAGCGCAGGGCCCUUUCGAAGGAGUCGAAUGCCGUCGCUGUCGAGCUGGACCUUCGUCUGUCAGAGGCGAAACGCAAGCAACUGCCGGCCCGCUUUUCCUUGUUGGGGCCGCCCUUCGAGGAUGGUACUGCCUGGCGCGAGGGCCUCGGCUCUCUGGUCGCGGAGCACCCUUCCCUCUACGACCUCAAACUCCGCCUGUACGACUCUGCCGGUGCGGUUCUCGACGAAGUCGCCACCACGACGGGCAUGCGGUCCAUCGCGUGGGCACAGAACGACGGCCACUGGCGGCUCAACGGACGGCCGUACUUCCAGGCGCUGUGUCUCGACCAGGGCUACUGGCCCGAGACGCUCAUGACGCCGCCUUCACAGGAGAGCCUCAAGGAGGACAUCUUGCUGGCGAAGCGCAUGGGGCUCAACGGGUGUCGCAAGCACCAAAAGGUCGAGGACCCCUUCAGCGCUGCGUACAUGGAACGGUUCGACGAAGAGUGGGCCGCGAGCGUGCGGCUGGCGGUCAACCAUCCUUGCGUCGUGACGUGGACGCCCGUCAACGAGAGCUGGGGAUACCCGUCGCUCAAGGACAGCACGGAGCAGCGGGACCACAUCCGCUCGCUGUACUACCUCACCAAGACGCUGGACCCGACGAGAAGCAUCAACGAUAACUGCGGCUGGGAGCACGUCAUGACGGAUCUCACGACCUUUCACGACUACGCCGACGGGCCGCAGCUCGCCGCGAAUUGCGCGACCAUGGACAAGAUCCUCGACACCAAGGCCGGGCGCGACAUGUUUGUGCCGGCCGUCGCCGGUGACGCCGGCUCCCAACACAAGCAGGGUGCGCCCGUCAUGUGCACCGAGUUUGGCGGCGUCAACAUUGCGGCGGCCAAGGGCAAGGAGGGCGACGACAGGGACUGGGGGUACACGACGGCGGCCGAUUCGGAGGACUUGCUCAAGAGAAUUGAGAGGCUCGUGCGGGGCGUGGUCGAAGGGGGCCACUGCUGCGCGUUUGUGUACACACAGCUCGCUGACAUUGAGCAGGAGACGAAUGGGCUCUACACAUUUGACCGCAAGGAAAAGCUCGACGCCGCGAGGGUCAAGGCGCUCAUUGAAGAGGCGCUGAAGGCGUUCUACGCGAGGGUCGAGGGGCAGUAA